AUGGAAGAUUCAACCGUCACUUGCACAUGCAAAAACUUUGAAGAAUCUGGAUGGUUGUGCUUCCAUUGUUUAAGAAUAUUGCAUUUACAUUCAAUCAAUAAAAUUCCAGAUCGUUACAUAACAACAAGAUGGACUAGAUAUGCAAAGAAACAGAUAUGGGAAAGGGUUGAUACAAUAAAAAGGGAGAAAGGUGAAAUCAACAAUUUUACUGGUUGGAGAUUACAUAUGAUCAGAAGAUACUAUAACUUAAUUUUGAAAGGGCAUAAGAUAGCAAAGGCCAGAAAAUUUAUCGAGGAGAAGUUUAAAAUGGAUAAUAAAGCAGUUGAUGAAAUCAUAAAAAAGGAAGAAGAAAGGAAGGCAAAAGAAGAAGCUGCAAAGAUAGCAGAACAAGAAAAGGCAAAAGCUGAAGCACAACGAGAAACACAAGACGGGGAAUCAACUAAUUCUGAAAUAACAAUUGUGCUUGAUCCUGAUCGUGCUAAUACUAAAGGAAAGAGUAAGAAGAGAAUUUACUUCAACAUUUUUAAACAAAUUUAUUGA